AUGGAACCAAUGUUCGAAUACCAAAAAGAUGAUCUCGACGAGAAUUAUACUUCUUUUUUCAAAAAAUAUCAGAUAGAAAAUUCUUUGUAUUAUUUUUCAUUUGUUUCAGACAAAGAGUUUAGUGGUGGAGUUAUUUACCCUGUUUGUGAUACAUGUACUAUUGGUGUGAAUGUCUCUUCAUAUGCAUGUAGUCCAGGAACAUCGGUACGUGUUGGUUUUGUAUUUAUAAAGAAAAAAAUUGGUAGAAUGGGUUAUAAAAGAAUAAGAGAUGGAAAGAAUAUAGAUAUAGGAGAAGUUAGUUUAGGUGAAAGAAUAGGUAAAGGAAACUUUGGAGAAGUAUUCAAAGGUCAUUGGAGAGGUGCUGUCGUUGCAAUCAAGAAAUUGCCAGCACAUAAUAUUACAGAUCAUGUUUUGAAAGAAUUCCACAGAGAAAUAGAAUUAAUGAGAAAUCUUAGACAUCCAAAUGUUAUUCAGUUUUUAGGAUCAUGUACAAUUCCACCAAAUAUUUGUAUUUGUACAGAAUAUAUGCCAAGAGGAUCACUAUAUAGUAUUUUACAUGAUCCAAAGAUAUCGUUAUCUUGGGCAUUGAUUAGAAAUAUGUGUUUGGACGCAGUUAGGGGUAUUAUUUAUUUGCACAAUUCGAAUCCAGUGAUUCUUCAUCGUGAUCUCAAAUCACACAAUUUGUUGGUCGACGAUAACUGGAAGGUGAAGGUGGCAGAUUUUGGAUUGUCAACGAUCGAACAGACAGCGACAAUGACAGCAUGUGGAACACCAUGUUGGACAGCACCAGAAGUUCUCAGAAAUCAGAGAUACACAGAAAAGGCCGAUGUCUAUUCAUUUGGAAUCGUUAUGUGGGAGUGUGCUACUCGUGCAGAUCCCUAUCAUGGAAUGCCGCCAUUCCAAGUUAUUUUUGCAGUUGGACGUGAAGGAUUGCGACCUCCCGUACCAAAAGGACCGAAAGAUUUCAUUACCCUGAUUAGCGAUUGUUGGGCAGAGAAUCCUGAAAAACGUCCAUCCAUGGAAAAGAUUUUAGUUCGUCUGGAAAUGAUGGAUCUACAAUGGCCCGAUGUUCAAUUUAAAGGAAAUAAGAAUGUCAAUUAA